AUGACGGGGCACAAGGAGAAGCGCUGUGAGUGUGACGUGUGUGGCAAGGCCUGGCAGAGCCCGAGCCAGCUGGAGAUCCACCGACGAGUGCACACGGGAGAACGCCUCUUUGACUGCUCAGAAUGCGGCAAGAUCUUCACCCGCUACGACAACCUGCUGCGGCACAACCGCGAGCACUCCGGCGGGAGGCCAUUCGGCUGCUCCAUCUGUGGUAAGAGCUUUGCCCAGUUGUCGGGGCUGUGGGAACACCAGCGGGUGCACAGCAGCGAGCGGCCCUUCACCUGCUCCGACUGCGGCAAAGGCUUCAAGUCGUCGCCACACCUGAAGGUGCACAGGCGCCUGCACACCGGGGAGCGGCCCUACACAUGCAGUGACUGCGGCAAGGGCUUCGCCCGCAUCGACAAACUACUGGAGCACCAGCGCACCCACACCGGCGAGCGCCCCUACACCUGCACGCAGUGCGGCAAGGGCUUCACCCGCUCCGACAACCUGCUGCGGCACCUGCAGGUGCACUCCGGCGAGAGGCCCUUUGGCUGCUCCGACUGCGGCAAGAGCUUUGCCCAGUUGUCGGGGCUACGACGGCACCGGCAGGUGCACAGCAGUGAGCGACCCUUCACCUGCUCUGACUGCAGCAAAAGCUUCAAGUCGAAGCCGGAUCUGAAGGUACACAGGUGCCUGCACACCGGCGAGCGCCCCUACACCUGCAGCGAUUGCGGCAAAAGCUUUACCCGCUCCAACCACCUGCUGGAGCACCAGCGCACCCACACCGGCGAGCGCCCCUUCACCUGUAACCAGUGCAGCAAGGGCUUCACCUGCUCCACCUAUCUGCUGUCCCACCAGCGGGUGCACACCGGCGAACGUCCGCGUUAUGAGUGCGACGUGUGUGGCAAGGCAUGGCAGUGCCCAAGCCAGCUGCAGAGCCACCGGCGGGUGCACACGGGGGAACGUCCCUUCAACUGCUCAGAGUGCGACAAGUGUUUCAAGACGGCGAAUGUCCUAGAGGCCCACCGGCGGGUUCACACGGGCGAGAAGCCCUAUGGCUGCUCCACAUGCGGAAAGAGUUUUCCCCAGUUGUCGGGGCUGCGGGAGCACCAGCGGGUGCACAGCAGUGAGCGGCCCUUCAACUGCUCCGACUGCGGCAAAGGCUUCAAGUCGCCCAAGGAAUUGAAGGUGCACAGGCGGCUGCAUACCGGUGAGCGUCCCUUCACCUGCAGCGACUGCGGCAUAGGCUUCACCCGCUCCAGCAGCCUGCUGAAGCACCAACGCACCCACACCGGCGAGCGCCCCUACACCUGUGCCCAAUGCGGCAAGGGCUUCACUCAGUCCAGCAGCCUGAUGCAGCACCAGCGCACCCACACUGGCGAGCGCCCCUACACCUGUGCCCAGUGCGGCAAGUGCUUUUCCCAAUCCAGCAACCUGCUGAAGCACCAGCUAAUCCACACUGGCGAGCGUCCUUACACCUGUGCCCAGUGCGGCAAGGGCUUCACCCAAUCGUGCAGCCUGCUGAAGCACCAGCGCACCCACACUGGCGAGCGCCCCCACACCUGUGCCCGGUGCGGCAAGGGCUUCACCCACUCCAGCAACCUGCUGAAGCACCAGCGCACCCACACUGGCGAGCGCCCCCACACCUGUGCCCGGUGCGGCAAGGGCUUCAUCUGCUCCACCCAACUGCUGUCCCACCAGCGGGUGCACUCCGGCGUCCGUCCCAUCCCCAGCCCGUAUGGCUGUAUGGUAGCUCAAAUAUAA